AUGCUCCAAUGUGUUGCGGCUGAUUACUUCUCAUACCAAGGCAGACACUUCCUCGCCGUGGUUGAUCGCAACAGCAACUGGCCAGUCGUGGAGGAAAGUGCCAACAGAGCAUCAGGCUUGAUCACGGCCCUUUGUCACACAUUUGUCACCUAUGGAAUUGCGGAGAAAUUGUCAUCUGAUGGUGGACCAGAGUUCACGGCACUCUCGACAGAACACUCCCUUAGUGAUUGGCGCAUCCAACACCGCCUCUCCUCUGUGGCAUUCCCGCACAGCAACAGUCAGGCGGAAGUCAGUGACCAUGUCCGCAUCCAAAACCAAACCGGCCCUCACCCAACUAAGUGGGACAAGACCGGUAUUGUCAUCGAAGUGCGGCAGUUCAAUCAUUGGACUAGUUUACUCUGUUUUCUUCUUUUUGUGUCUCAGAUAAAGCAGGCAGAGCUAGAGGCUUUCAGACAGCAGCUGGUGGAAGUAGAAAAACAGAGAGACGAACACACUGAUGCCAUCAACAAACUCAAACAGGAGAUCAAAGACACUGUGGACGGUCAGAGGAUUUUGGAGAAGAAAGGAAGCGCAGCGCUGAAGGAUUUAAAGCGACAGCUGCAGCUGGAGAGGAAACGAGCCGACAAACUGCAGGAGAGGCUUCAGGAAAUCCUCACCAACAGCAAGACCAGAACAGGUCUGGAGGAACUGGUUCUGUCAGAGAUCAACAGUCCCAGUCGGACUCAGCAGACCGGUGAUUCCUCUUCUGUCUCCUCCUUCUCCUACAAGGACAUGAUGAAGGAGCCACAGCCCACCAAUCAGGGCAAGUCUGGUGGAGGAAGUCCUCAGUCACAGCGUCCCGCAGAGCUUUCUGAUGACGAGGUGGGCGAACUGUUCCAGCGACUCGCUGAGGUGCAGCAAGAAAAAUGGAUGCUGGAGGAGAAGGUCAAACAUCUGGAGGUGAGCUGCUCAUCCAUGGCUGAAGACAUUUGCAAGAAGAGCACCAUCAUAGAGACGUACGUGAUGGACAGCCGCAGAGAUGUGUCAGGCGGCGCGGUCGGAGGUCAUGGAGGCUCCCAGGGAGACAGAGGAGGUCUGGGUUCUGUUCUCAGGGACCUGGUCAAACCGGGAGACGAGAACCUGAGAGAAAUGAACAAGAAGCUGCAGAAUAUGUUGGAGGAACAACUUACCAAGAACAUGCAUCUGCAGAAGGACUUGGAGGUUUUGUCCCAGGAAUUAGUCCGGCUCAGUAAGGACAGAAGUCCUGGAGGUGGUGCUGCUGGAUCUGUAUGAGAUGAUCGCAUGAAUCCUUUCUUUUCCCUGUUGUCAGGGAGUAGACUACACCCUGGAAGCGUGUUGUUCUCUCCCUGCUUUCAUACAAUUUACCAUUACAGGAUAAGACUAAAUGCUGGAACAUGUCCAUAGACUACAUCACUAAAGGUUAGUUUUGUUUUGUUUGUUUUUAAUUACUACAAAAAGAAUCUUAACUUGAGUUUGCCUCAUCUCUGUUACUGUUGAAUGUACUGUAAUAAGACUGUACUGUUCUUUACCUUUGGUCCUGGCUAUGUCCUGGACAGCAGGUUCCUGAGCUGAUUGGCUCAUUUCCUGUGUGUCUGCCUGCUGGGUUCUGACUGUGUCCUGGAAAAUAUUCUGCUUGGUUUUCUUAUGUAACUGACUGUAUAAAUUUUUGUUUAUUUAUUUCUGCCUCUGUCAGAAUGUCUUCGACUUUAUUGAUCAUAUUUUAUUUGCAUUCAACCCCAGAUUAUGGAAGAAAAGAGAAUUUGUGAUGUUAAAAGAAUAAAUGUUUCUGCUUUAUUCCUCAAACAGAUGGAAAUAGAUGGAAUAGAUGGAUUCCUCAAAUAGAUGGAAUGUUGUAGCUUUUAAAGGAAGGAGAAACUAACUGAAGGCUCAAAAAUGUCAAAUCUAGCAUUUAAAUGUCGCUUGGUGUCACAGCAGAAGCCCCACCCACUCAGAGGUUCUCAUAAGGCAUGAAUAUGUUCACCUGCUGGCGCUCUACAGCGUUUCCGGGUGACACUUUGUGACUGGCUCGUGUCUCAACUCAACUCGACUUUAUUUGUAGAGCACUUUCGAACAGCCAAAACCGAGACAAAGUGCUGUACACGAAGGCCAUAAAAGCAACAAAGCAAUCCAACAACAAUAAAAACAGCAGUAAGCAAGCAAAACAACUAAAACAGAGCAAAGUCUCAUAUUGUGUUCAAAGCCAGUGAAUAAAAGUGGGUUGUAAGAUUGUUUUUUAAAACAGUGAAAAGGCCUAAUGUGUAGGUAGCUCAUUCCAAAUUUUUGGAGCUGCAACAGAAAAUGCUCAAUCCUCUGAGCGUUUACUUGGACCUCGGUACCUCAAGGUACAGCUGAUCAGCUGACCGGUGGCACCGUGUAGGGGUGAAGCAGCUCAGAGAGGUAGGGCAGGGUGGGGCCAUUUAAAGAUUUAAAAACAAAUGACAGAAUAUUAAAAUGAGCCCUAAAGUGCACAGGCAGCCAGUGGCGGGAGGCCAGGAUCAGGGUAAUGUGCUCCCUCUGUCCUACUCCAGUUAGCAGUGUUUUGAACUAAAGACCCUGUCACACCUUGACUAUUUAGCCUGCAUAUGCCGGCCGUUUUCAAAACUCUGGUUCACACUGGCGUACGUCUAAUAAAUUAAGGCCCAGUUUACACCCAGUGGUUCGGGUCGGUACUGCAAAAACAUUAUUUUAAUUUUUUUUAUCUUGGUGGAUCAUUUUCAUUUUGUACAGAAUGCUGAUAAGUGGACUGGCUGUGGAGAAUGCUACUGUGAAUGAAUGGAGCGCUGUGUCUCUUUAAAGUGCAGGGUGCGUUCAGCUCUGCAGGACUUUUUUCCAUUUUAAUACACCAGUUGACUUUGAUCAGAAUGAAGUGCUAUGUGAUCUGUUGGCGUGGUGAUUGUAGACAGCCACAGCAGUUUAAAUGUUUAAACAGCGCAUUAAUCAGGCGUGAUCACUUUGAUUGAUCGAUCAGGUCGUCUGAUGAUCACACCACAGCUUCUGUGUGUUCAGAGCGGGACACCAGCAUGAGACACGCACUAAAAAAACCACAGAGGGACUUGCUUUAAAAUGCUACGUUUCAGCCAUGAAUUAAAGGAUUUUCCAAAGUCAUUUUCAGAAAUCAGGAGCUUUAUGUGGAUUCAUGUGUGAUGGUGAAUUGGACUGAAAUGAACAGGUCAGAUUUUAUUUUUUUCCGUGUGUGAAUGAAACAGUUGUUCUGCAUACGUUCCGCAGCUUUCAGCCAAUCAGUGGCCAGCAUUAAUGGACAGAUGAGAAAAUUACAAGAAACGACUGCCAACAAUCACUUAACUUACCUACAACUGAUGUCCAGCAUGUGUGCAGGAUGUGUGAGUCGCACGCUGGCAUGCCUAAAAUUAACUUAACUUGUAAAAAACUUACCCUUAACUUAUUGGACUUAUGCCAGAGUUUUUUAAUAAGGUUGGUAUAUGCUGGCUACAUCUUCAAGGUGUGACAGGGCCUUAACUGGAGAUGUGCCAGGGAGGACUGGCUAACUCCAAAAUAAAGUGCAUUACAGUAAUCCAGCCCAGAGGUUAUGAAGGCAGGAAUUACUGUUUCAAAAUGCUGAUGUGUGAGAAAAGGUUUCACCUUAGCAAGCUGCCUGAGGUGAAAGAAACUAACUACUGCACUAAUUUGGAGAUCCAUUUUAAAAUUGCUGCCAUCUUAAAACCCAAAUUAGUAUCAGUACACUUUGCAUAAGCUGCCAGUGGAUCCAAACACAAUACCUGUGUUUUCUUAUUAAAAUUCAGGAAGUUUAGGGCCAUCCAGGCCUUAAUGUCCUCAAGACGUGACAACAGAGGUUUGAGAGAAAAGGCAUCACUUUUCCUCAGAGGGACAUAUAACUGGCUAUCAUCAGCAUAACAAUGAAAAGCAACACCAUGUUUUCUGAGGAUAGGACAGGAAGAAAAGCAGGGGUCCUAAAAUUGAACCCUGUGGGACCCCGUGUAAGAGCGGAGCAGAGGAGGUGUCAGACUGGUUCUUCAGCAGGUUCUUUAUCGUGUGACUUGGUUGAGUUUGUCAUCAGUGGAUCAAAGAGAGGUUUUGAGUUGUUCCUUCGUACUGGGUCCAGAACUUUGGAAGAGAGUCCAGAUUUGUCCCGUAGAACUGCUCAGACUGAUUUCAGAGACUCAGUCCAGCUGAAUACACCAGAAUCAGAAGGCGCAGAGAGCGCUGUUUGUUUUGUGUUCUAUUUUAUCUUGUGAAAAGUCUCUUCUAACAGGACUUUCACCUAGAAAGUUUUUUUCCAUGGCAACAGAAUGACAUCCAACUCAGUCCAGACAAGAGUGAUGUUUGGUUCUGAUCUGGCUCAAGUCUCUGAGCAGACCUCACUCCAUCAGAUGAAGACUUCACAUGGACAGUCUUCAAUUUUCAGCAAGAGGGGGUGGAGCUUCAGCUGCAUUUUGCGUGCAUUCCCUCAAUACAAGGGGAGAUGGACGGAUCUGUAGGCCAAGCACCGUGAACCUGUCCAUUUAAAAAAAGAAAAAAAAGAAAAAAAAAGCAGACAUUCUGGGCCAUGACGUGAUGAGGUCGCCACCGUACAUCGCCCACUGGAAUCAGGCGGGCUCCAGUCCCAGCCGGACUGGAACCCACCACCUUCCACACAGAAGGUCGGUGCUCGAGCUGUCGCUCCCUCAGUAAAUACUGAGACACAUAGAUACUAGAUUCCAUGUGAGACCGGAGCUGUUUGAUCCAGCUGAACUCUGGACUCUGGACUUGUGGAGCUUCCUGAAGCGUCUCCAGUCUCAGUCCUCAUGGCUCGUUUCCAUGCUGCUGUAGACCUGUUUGCACUGUGUUAGACUCUGUACGUUUCUACAGUGCAGGCUGCUCUCUGGACUAGGACUCGGGCUCCCAAUAUAUAGACCGGUGUUCGAUUCCAAGUCUGUGCUUCAUCUGUGCCCUCAUCUUCACCAUCUCAGUCCCCCCAGCUAUAAAUGGGUACUGGUCUUGGGUGGGUGAGUAACCUGUGAUGGACUUGAGUCCUGUCCAUGGAGGGUUGCAGACACUCGUGCCUCAAGUUACGGUCCCAGGGCCCGGCGGUGCCGGGACAAAGUCGUAGUGAGUUGGGCAGUGUGUGGACUGCUUGUUUGAGUCCCAUGUCCAGGCUAAGGACAGACUCUUUGGGCCUGGAUAGGAGUUAUUUCUAGUUAGCCAACACAAUUGAUCCAU